AUCGGCAUUUCGAAUGGCCAUUCAUGUCGUUUGGCCUUACAAAUGCGCCAACCACAUUCCAAGCGGAUAUGACAAUAGAGUUCUGACACAUGCUGGAUUGUUUCAUACUAAUCUACCUCGACACCACCUUGGUGUACAGUCGGAGUUCUGACCAGCAUGUGGAGCACCUGCGCACCAUUUUGGAGCGGCUACGUCAGACCAAGUACAAAGCCAACCGCGACAAAUGCGAGUUCGCGCAACAGGAGCUGGAGUACGUGGGACAUUAUGUGACGCCGCAAGGCAUCCGUCCGCUUGAGGACAAGAUCGAGGACAUCCGUGUAUGGCCCAGGCCCACCAACACCUCGGAAGUCCGUUCAUUUAUGGGGUUGGUGGGCUACUAUCAGCGUUUCCUCACCGGAUACUCGAGGAUUGUUGCACCUCUGACGAGACUACAAUCGCCAAAGCUGCCAUUCGUAUUCGAUGACGACGCACGUCGGGCUUUCCAAGCACUUAAGAUGCCUAUGCUCAUGGCACCCGUGCUUAGCAUCUACGACCCCACCCUGCCUACGAGAGUGACGACUGACACUUCCGGUUACGGCAUUGGGGCAGUCUUGGAGCAGCACGACGGCGAGGAUUGGCACCCUGUGGAGUACUUCAGCCACAAAGUGCCUCCCAUCAAUUCUCACGAUGAUGCAAGGACGAAGGAGCAACUUGCCUUCGUGAUGGCUCUCAAGCGAUGGCCACACUUCCUCCUUGGGCGUCGUAGGCCGGUUGAUCAACAGGGGAGGCCGGGCGAGGUGUCCGGUGUAGGUCCAGCUGCCAAAACAGUGAAACGGAAAAAGGAACAGGUGUACUACGAGCAGUUGAACAAAAGUCCGAAUGGGUACUAUGUGUGUGUUCAUGACCCUCCGGCGAGCGCUUGGAAAGUGUUCGGGGAUUUCACUGCCAGGGAGAAGGAGAUGGCAUUGGAUUUGAUUUUGGCAGGGAAGGUCGUUGUCACCACCGGCAGGACAUUCGUAAAGAAACUGAUGAACAUGAGCGACCUCUACACAGAAGUGCACAGGGAGGGAUACAUGGUGCGCAUGUUCAACUACGUGCUCUUCAAGUCGGAACGGAGGGGACAACGUGAGUGGAAUGACGAUUUCUUCAUCGGGUAUGAUGAUAUUAUGAAGAGAUUUGAGCCGCACGGGUUGACGAAAGAGAAAUGGGAGAAGAAGAAGAUUAAACUUCCAGUUAACAGAACGAACAACGAGCCAAAACGACUGAGGGGGGUGGAUGAGGGGAAGUUGGGACAGGGGAAUGUGGGGGGGUACAAGGUGACGACUGAAAUGUAUAUUGAGUGUCCGUACUUCCUCAAACUGUUUCUGCAUGAGAUAAUGGGAGCGGUGAGCCAGUUGAAGGACGAGCUUCAGCGCGUCAACGCAAAUGCACAUCAUAUAUUGUGGGAUAAGCGGAAGUGUAAUACAACGUAUUUGCCUUUGUGCAUGGCGCUGUUGGAUGGGCUGCAACCGACAGAGGAUCUGACUCGUGCUGCGAAGAAAUUGAGUUGUCACCUUGCGGUGCUGGACCUGGCUCCCCACAAGAACCUGGAUUCAUGGACGGAGCAGAGGUUUGUGGAACUUCAGCAAAUGAUGAUGGCUCUGUGUGGGACACACUGGACACUCAUCAUUUUUAGUGGAUUGAAGGGCGAGGACUACAUUCUGAGGAACAUCUUUAGGUGGGGGGGUGUGAAAGUUCUUCCGGGCCGCUGGCGGCGACAUCAUGGCACGCAACCAUCCUCAUGUGUCCCCCUUGGGAAUCUUUCAUUGAGGAGCCGCGAAUCAAUGACGAUUGUGUUGCACGACACGGGCAAUGACUUCAAAAAAGUCAUCGUCUCGUCCAAACGUGAUAAUGUGUUUUUUGACACUAACUGCGAGGAGGAUAUGUUCAUCCGUUGCACACAACAGCACAUCGGCGUGGCCGGCGAAGACAAACCUGUUUAUGGGGUUUGGGAGAGAGAGUCAGCAAGAAUGAAGGAGUUGUGUUCAUGGUUUUCGAAGGAGGGGGAGGUUGUGCUUCUUCUGGGCAACGUCCAGUCUGGGUCAGUUUGGGACUUGCUUCGAUCUGGUCGUCAUGUGGUGGCAUGUGAGGGCUCUACCACCAUGCUCGAAUUUUGUUCCGCGUUUAUUGAUCGCCUCGUCCAUAAUUCCAAAAGUCGUUGUCACUUCGAGCGGCCCAAAACUCAGCAUCGGUCGGACCGGGACAUGUUCCUGAAACUCGGGAAGAAGAGAGAAUUUUUGUGGAAGUACUUGUUCUGCAAUGCUCCUGAUACACGAACGGAGACUAAUUACGUUGCUAGAAAAGUCGUCGCUCUCCAACACCUCCAGCGCUACCACGACGCCAAGAUUAGUGCAAUCGAGAUAUUUCUGGCACGUUGCGAGGACCUGUGGUUCGACAGAAAAAUGCGCCGCAUCGACGCAAGGAUUUAUAACAAAGCGUUGGACCCUGAAGACCGUUUCGAUAUAAUGGACAGUGAGGAGGAUACCGAUGAUGACGAGAUCCACCUGCCGCUGCCUAAUGCAAGAAAUCACGCAGCUGACGAGAACAUGCGCACCGGGUCCUUAUCGGGGGGGGACCCGGUGGUGCUUGAAGUCGGGGGACCGACAAUGGCCAGCUGCAAGACCGCCCAGCUCACACCGCAGGAGAUGGUACCGAGGCAAGCACUUCGAAAUGGAAAGACAAGAGAGGCGCCCCAGGACCCUGGGGAGGAUGACAUGGGUCUGGAUGACAAUCCGCUGUUCCACAGUCCAGAUGACGAAGACAAAGAUCUAACUCCUGGAGAUGAAAUCGAAAGUCACAUGAAGGAGAGCAAAGGGGGACCUCACUUUUUGGACACCAAGUUCACAGAGACUGAGGUAGGGAAGUGGAUAUUCAAGAAGAGACUAAGCAGGAGUAAGUUCCUUGAGACUGCAAAGGAACAGUUGUUGUUGCGCGUGCUGCAGGCGAACAAGGGUGCAGGAGAGCAAGAUAUCAGCGAAAAGGUGAACUAUGUUUUUGAAUCGCUGCUUCAAAACAAUCUUCAGGAGUAUUGCGCUGCUUUCUAUGAGAGAAAAUCGAGCCCUUCACGAGGACAGAUCAGAUGGACAUUGGAUUGUUGUCAGACAGAACAACUGUUCGACAGUGACAUAUUGGUGGGGUGCACUCAAGCCAUGGAAGAGAAUAUCCGACAGUGUAAGAGUUUAAAUGGGACUAGAGAAGGAGCCGUUAAGACGAGUGUCGCUGAAAAGGAAGGGCGUGAGAGGAAGGACGUCGAAUGUAAAGAACAGGGAACUCAUGAGGCAUCAGUUGAUGAGCUACUAAGAACGCCGUUUUCUGAGGGCGUUGGUGCGGUGCCAAGGGAAAAGACAGCAGGUCCGGGAUGCGGUGGGGAAGGGGCAGGAAAUACAAAGGAACAGGGGGAAAAGAAGGCCACAACCGACGAAGAUGCGGGAGAUGUCGGAGAUAGGGGUGCCCAACGGGUGCCCAGUGGAGUGGGAGACACACUUUCGGCAGCCGACAUAGGGAUGUCGUUACAUGGAGGACAGGGUGGGGGGGAGCACGAUGUGGGAGAUGCACUGGUAUUCGGAGGAGCAAACCCGAGGGACACUACCGAGCCUUUAGCGGAUGACAGAGAUGAGGGGGACAAACUUGUGCACGUGGUAUGCACUAGCUCUGGCUCACAGAUAGCCCCAGACUCAAUGGAGAGGGAAGAAGGUGGUGGUAUGGAGGGAGUUCGUAUGACACAUGGUCGUGAAGUGGGAGAUGAUGAUAAGGAAGGCGAUGCGGAUGCGAACCUCGAACAUGACAUGGACGUGGACAGCGGCGAUGGUUUGGGAAAGGAAGCUUCCUAUCGUGAUCCGGUGGCAGCAACUCGAGUAUGAUCAACUUGAUCGAGCAAUCAGGUGAGAACAGAGGAAAGUCACAUAGUGAAGGAAGAACGUUGUGAUUAGCCAAGCCAACACA